AUGUUGGAUCAGGCCUUCACGCCUGAAGAGGUGCUGGGACCCGGGAGUGGCACGGCGGCAGACUUCUCGGCUUCCAAAGCGUAUGACUACAAUAGAUCUCAGAACUACUAUGAGGUCUUAGGCAUCGAGGAGUAUGCCCCGCUGGAUGAAGUGAAUCGCGCCUACAAGCGGCUGUCUUUGGUGUAUCAUCCUGACAAGACCAAGGGCAUGACACAACAGCAGCAGCAGGUCCGUGUGAUCCGUGACUACGAGACCAUCUUCAUCUCCGUGAAGAAUGCGCACCUGGUCCUGGGCGACCAAGCCACGAGGAGACAGUACGACAAGGAUCGAGACUACGAUCGAGCCAAAGAGCUGGUGAGUGGCGUCAAGGUGCAAAAAGCCGAUGCCCUCGAUCUCACAGAGGUACUGAAGCGCAUCAGUGAGAUGCAGAGGUGGGUCUCUGUGGUCCAGGUUCAGACGUGCGCUAGGCCUCCUGGAAAGACGGUAGAAGUGAAUCUGGAAGUUGAGUUGGAACAAUUUUUCUACGGUGUGCACAAGGUGGUGCGCAGGAAUCGCCGCGUCAAAGAUUUCUAUGCAGGGAUAGUGACCCAGGAGCACCCUUACCGGCUCCAUGUGAAACGUGGAGAUGGGGAACCAGUGGAGCUCCCCUUCAAGGUGCAGAAUGCGCGGGACGUCAUGGGAUGUCGUUACAUGGGAUGUGUGAUCUUGUUAAAACGCAUCCCCAAAUUCCAAUUGGUUGAUACUUAUCCGUGA